GUAAUCUGAUCAAUGGAAUACUCGAGUACAACUGCCGCCACAUCAUAACCAAUUUGAUAAUCCUUCCCAAAAGGUAGAAUAAGAACAUGACCAACAUCGACCCCACGGUCGCCAAAGUCCUGGACAAAGACCGUUCAAAAGAUGAAGACGAAGAUGAAGACACUCUCCUAGAAGAACUCGAAUCCGACACCGCAGCUCUGGGCGCCUUCCGCGAGAAGCGUAUGCAGCAGCUACACGACGAAUUUCACCGCGCUCGCGUAAUGAAAUCCCUCUCUCACGGCGCCUACACCCCGUCCACGAACGAGCGUGAGGUGUUAACGCACACUACCACAUCUAAAUUCAGCAUAGUGCACUUCUUCCACAAGGACUUCAACCGUUGCAAGAUCAUGGACUCUCACCUGGAGGUUCUAGCGCGGAAGCACUUUGACACCAAAUUCACCAGCAUCGACGUCGAGAAGGCGCCCUUCCUCGUGGAGCGGUUGAAGGUUCGGGUACUGCCGUGCGUGAUCGCUUUCGUGGAUGGGAAGAGCGUGGAUCGGAUUGAGGGCUUUGCAGAGCUAGGGAAUACGGAUGGGUUCAGUACGAAGAUGCUCGAGUUGAGGCUGCUGGCUUGUGGGGUUUUAGUGAGGGAGAAGGUUGAUGAAGAUGCUGAAGGGGUUGGGGGGAGUGAGGAAAAGAAGGCGGAGAGUGAUGACGAUGGUGAUGAUUGGGAUUAAGGAUAUAAUUGGGGGUAAUAUCAUGAGAGUUCGUGUUUUCUCAAGGGGGUUCUUUUAGAUAUAACGAAGGGUUCAUAAGGAUAUCAAUGAUUGACCUGUA